AUGCUCAAAUCAAUGUCAAAAGAAACAAUAAACACACGAUCAGAUGAUCAAUUUUGUCGAAAUGCCUGUGGUUUUUAUGGAAAUAAAAUAUGGGACGGAUUUUGUAGUAAAUGUUAUCGUGAAGUUUAUCAACAAGCUAAACAAAUUCAAGAAGCAUAUGACGGAAAAUCAAAUUCUCAUGAAAAACGACGUUCCAAUAUCACUAUGCCUAAUCCAAUUCGACAAAUGGUUCAUCGAGCUGGUAAUCUUCGUUCUUCAAGUAAUUCAGUGAUUUCAGCCUUACUCAAUGAUGAACAAACAAUAGAAAAUGAAUCAGUCAGUAAAUAUUUAGAAAUUAUAAUAGCAGAUGAUGCACGUAGUGACAUAAAAUCUCAAGUGAAAACAUUUGCAAAUAAUUUUCAUAAAAAAUGUUCAAAUAAAAAUAUUCGUCUUGAUACACUUAUACAAGAAUACGGUACAUUUACAGAUACAAUUAAGAAAAGAAUACAAACGAACUCGAUCUAUCGAGAAGAGAAUGAAGAUUUAAUUCACCGUGUUCGUGAUUAUGUUGAAAGUAUUAUUUUUUCAAAAGAUUAUGUAUCAGUAUUUGAUCGUAUUGCUAUCGAAUGUGAAGAACAAGAUUUAUCUAUACAAAAUCGAAUUUCAUCUCUUCAUUGGGUAACACCUACAAUGUUGGAUGUUGUUCUCAAUGAAGAUAUUUCUGAUCAUCGAGAAACAAUGUAUAAAGCAGUCAAUGCUUUAAUUGAAUUGGAUGCUAAAACAACUCCACAGGGAAAAAUUCAUUCAAUAAUGGAAUGCAAAUCUUUUAUUGAACAAGUUUUACAAUCAACAAGCGGCACAACAAUAAAUGCUGAUUGUUUUCUUCCGGCACUUAUCUAUGUAGUAUUAAAAGCUAAACCACCUAGAUUAUAUUCAAAUAUACAAUUUUCAAGUCAUUUUUCUCAACCGAAUGGUGAACAACUUUACUAUUUAGCUAAUCUUGAUUCAGCUGUUCGUUUUAUUGAGCUCUUGCAAGCUGAACAUCUUGGGUUAUCAUCCAAUGAUUUUUCAUUGUAUAUGCGUGGCGAACCAGUAUUACCAUCGAGCUGUGUUUCUCUCUUUGAUUAUUCAUUUGAAAAUAAUUCAAAUAUUCAACAAUUACGAAACAUGUGUAUACAAUGUGAUGAAAUCGAAUAUAAUUCUCAAAAAUUCCAUGAAAAUAUGACUGAUUUUAAUCAACAUCUAGUGCAAUCAGUGACUGAUAUCAAUGAAUUAUUUAAUGAUUCAUACACACGAUUUGCAUAUUUCGAACAGAUACCAGCGUUAAUUAAACUAGAAAAUAUUGAUAAAAAAGAUAUCGAUCUUUUAAAUCCAUCAAUCAUAGAAAAUAAGUAUUCCCAAGAAACAUUAGAAUCAAAAACCGCUUUAAAACAGGAUAUAGAACAGUGA